UCGACUCCUCAACUUUCCGCGUUGUAGAUCGACGAAAUGUCUUCUGAACCUGUAGUGAAGACUCUCCAGUCCAGCGACGGGACACCAAUCCACGCUGAAUUCAUGGGCGACGUUCAGAAGCCAUGUCUCGUCUUUGUACACGGACUGAACAUGUCCUCGGUCGCCUUCGACGGUAUGUUCCGUGACAGUUCCUUGCUUCGAGAAGUCUGUAUGGCCCGUUAUGACCUGCGCGGACAUGGGCGAAGCGGCAAGCCCGAGGAUCCAGAGGCGUACAAGUCAUCGCUCUAUGCCGAUGACUUCGUCACGCUAAUGCGCGAGUUCGGAUACACCAAGCCUAUCCUGGUCGCUUGGAGCUACGGAGGCACAAUCUCAUGUGACAUCUACGCCAGCCUCAGCGCAGACACACUCGCAGGUGUGGUCUACCUCUGCGCGGUCCCGUACAUCGCACCGCCGAUGUUCCCGGACUCCAUAACACCGCCCACCGUCGCCCUGAUCCAGAGCCAGAUGGCCGGGACGGACGUCGCGUCCUACCUCCGGGACAAGACCGCCUUCAUCGACGCGAUCUGGCAAGACAUCGACAACGUCGACUACCGCCUCCGGCUGACAUGGCUCGCGCCGGGGUUCGUGCAAACUCCACAGGUAAUGCGCAACGUCGUCACGCGGCCCCAGGACCCGACGAAGCUCUUGGAGGCGGUGGGCAACGGCGUGCCCGUGCUGAUGCUGUAUGGCGACGCGGACAAGAUGGUGAGCGGCGCGUUCGUCGCGGAGAAGAUGCAGCCGUGUUGUACGAACGCGGAGGUGCAUGUCGUCAAAGGGGGAGGCCACGCGCCCUUCUUCGAGCACCAGGAGGAAGUUGUCCGCGAACUCUUGAAGUUCGUUGACCGCAUCAAGACAAGUGGGAAACCGUAGGAGAAGUGACGAAGAGACCUACGUAAAUAUGAAGGCAGUAGUCAGCUACCUCGGACGAGUGUGCAAUCUGUUACGGCAGCACACGUAGCGACCCCGACCUUUGCGCAGUCUCAUGCUCUGAACAUAUUCGGAACUGGUGGUUAUCGUCCUGCGAAUUCAGUCGGUAGAAGAUUAAAAUCA